UACACUUUACACUCGAAAAAACCGGGUACCAGUCGCGAGAAGUGUGGGGCAUGUCGGAGUCUCCGAAGAAACGACCGAAAAUCGGAACCAGCGAGUGUCUGUCUUACUUGCAGAGCCUGGGAGAUGUCCUUCCCGAGGACGCCGCCCUUCAGUUGGCCCAAAAAAUCCGGGCGGAGGAGGAGGAGGCGGCGCAUUUGGACACGUGCAACCAAGCCGCUUUGAACAUUAGUUUUCGGGUUUACUACCAUAUAGUGCACAAGUAUGAGCUCCCGGACACCCACUUUGCUGAUCUCCCCCAGCGUUUGACCAGCGAGCAGCCCUCGGCCUUCCUGAUGCUCCAAUCCGUGCUGCUCACGGAUCAUUGGAAGCUACUUAAUCCUCUCCAGCUGGAGGAGAAGUGCACCACUGCUAUAAUAGAGGCUCUCCGGGGGAAUUCUCCUGGUUUAAUGGCGGUGCUUAAAGCCACCAAUCUGCUCGUAAAGAAGUACCCCAAACUAGAGCUCCUUAAUUUGCACCUAGAGCACUUUUACCACUGCCUGCAGCGCCAGACGCAAACGGGUUCUCGCGAGGAAACUCUCACUUUGUACAACCACUGCUGCCGGCAGAGGGAAAGAGCCUUCUCCUACUUCCGCCUCAUAGUGGAGUUCUUUCCCUGGACAAAUAGGAAUAAGUACUAUUUACUUAGUGGCGCCUUGAACUCCUUUUCUUUGGAGGAACUACUAUCAGCCACCAACCAAAAGGAGGAGGAGUUCUUCAGCGGACUCCGGCUGAGUUUGAGCUACAAGGGACUCCGGGCAGCUAGCCAGUAUCCGGUGAAAAGCCUGAGCAAUCAGCGAUGUCCUGCUCUUCUGGCCGCCAGCGUGGAGCUGCUGCUCCAUGGGAAUGUGGCCGAGAUCCAGAACUUUCACUCGCAGUGGUUUCUGCGCAUCCAACAGAGGGAUGUCUUAUUCGAAAUGCUGCAGGCUAAUCCCCAGAUUGUGGAGUUCCUAGGCUCCUCGGAGGAGCUACGUUCACCUAGCGAUCAAUUACGUUUAAUACUAAUCUUCAGCAUGUUUGCCAAGGAAAUCUAUGCCGCCUCCAAGCUGCACUUCUUCAAAAUCAGCACAGAACUGCUGACCAACUGCAGCCAAAUGGAAACAGAGGCCCAGCUGCUGGUCUUUCGCUUUCUCGUGGAUAAUCUAAGCAACUUUGCGGUGGAGGACUGCCUGGAGUUCUUCCACAGCUUCGUGGAAAGACAUCGCGGGCUGGAGAGUUCGGAAUUCCGGAAUACGAUGCUGGGCAAGAUGCCUACGAUUAUUAACCACACGGCCAAGCAUUUCCAUCGGGUAAUCAAAACGGAAAGCGGCGUGGGAGGAGAUGCUUUGGCGCAGAACAUCAAGCGAUUCUUCUCGCAUCUUCAAAAUCUUAUAGAACGCGACAUUCACAGCGAGGUUUACCAGCCGAAGAUCUUCGCUCUGAAGCUGCUGGAAAUCCUCAACCGAUCGCUUUAUGCGGAGAAAGUAACGAAGAAUGCCAAAAUGUGUAGUCCCCAGCAGAAUCAACAAAUGGGAAUGUUUCUCCUGGAGCAGGGAGUCUUUCGGCAGAAGGAAAUGGCAGAAAAGCUCUUUGAAACCCUCAAUAAUCCCCAAGGAUUCGAUGAUGCUUUGGAGCUGACCGUCUCCCUGCUCAUCCAAAUGGGCCAUGUGGAUAGUGAAAAAUGCGUGGACCGUUGUCUAAACCUCUGCCUCACUUCAGACGUAGAUGAGUGCUCCUUGGUUUCCCUCUACGCGCAAUUGGCGGUUAUAAAUGAGACUUCUUCUAAGAAAAUAUAUAAGGAAUGUCUGAUAAAACUCAAGGAGAAACUAGAUCCCUUCCUUGAGGAUCCGUUAAUGACUGCCAAGAGUGGCGGCCACCUCUUUGGCUAUCUUCGCGGUCUGGACGAGGUGGUCAAAGCGGGCGUUUCACUAGAGGAUUCGCCACUGGAGGAGCUGUUGCCCUUGCUAGAACGCAUCCUCAGCGGGAUUCUAAAGUUCCUAAACCUAUCCAAUGCAAGAAAACAAGAGGAAACAGCCACUGCAGCCAGUUUCCAGGACAUGGACGAGAGUCUCCAGCUGCUGGUCAGCGAGAGCUCCUUUAAGUCUGUAAAUGAAGAGGAAGCCUGUCGGAAGUACUUGCUCAUGAGCUUCUGGCUGACUUUGAAGGGCUGUUGCGAUCUGGCCACCAGCAUUGGGUGUUCCCUGCUGAAAACUACUGCCAAAACGGUUAAUUUAGAGGCCCUGCGUCGUUGCCUGGACAUCAAUGUGUCGGUUUUAACGCUCUGCCGGCACAAAGGAGCCAUCGAGGCUGCAGGUUUGAGCAUAGGCAGGCUCACCCGUGGUAUUACCAGUAGCUUAGAAAGCGGGGAUGCGGGUUUCCAAAUGCUGCACGAUUGUUUGGAAAGGGAAUUGCUAACGGAGAGCCGCCAGGUGAGCACCACACGCCGUGGUGCGGGCUUUGCCAUAAUGUUUCUGCAUGUCCUGAAGAAUGACAACCCAAGACAGAGGUUGCUGCUCCACCGAGCUGUGCAGCAAAUCCUGCAGAGAUUAAAUGGAGAUCGCUGUAAUGGGGAGACUCAAUCCCUAGAUAGCAAUCACGAUCGUUUAGAGGCCUUACUGCUUCACUAUCUUUGCGUUUUGGUGCGCGACACCGAACUGCGGCCGGCAAUGAGCAAAUACUACAAUGAAAUACUCCUGGUGGCCAUGGAGCACAUCACGAAUCCCGAGUGGACCAUCUCGAAUGCGGCGCUGCAGCUUUUCGGCGCCAAUCUGGGCAAGCUGGUGGGCCAGCGGCAGGCCACCGAGUUCGAAACGCGGCCCGCCUGGGAACCGAGUGAGCUGGAUUACGACGAGCUUGGCUGCCUGCUGCCCAAGGCGUGUGAGCACAUGCUGGAGUGCUGCGACCGUCAGGAGGUGACCUCUUCUAUUAUACUCUUCCUGGCCUUUCUCUCCAAGGUGGAGCAUUUGCGCACUUCGGGUGGUAGAGUUCCAAAUCCUUUAUUACUACGUUUCCGGCGACUCAGCUGGCGAUUGUUGAGGCAUCAAUGCGAUCAAGUGCGUCAACUGGCGGCCACCUGCUUUGUGCGUUCCCACGAAUUCCGCUGCGAUCUGCCGGCUGCUCUGCUGGCCAGCGCCAAAUUGGCCGCCACUCUGGAGGAGGAGAACUUCUACGAGGGAUUGAUUUACACACUGUCAGCGGGUGUUUUAAAACUCCAACAUGAAGCAAGACAUGUGUGGAGUGCUCAACGUUUGGAGGGUUUCUUUCAAGAGCUCCUCACCUCGCUAAAUGUCACGGAGCAAGUGCUUCGCUUCAAGCCCUACACACGCAACGUUCUAAUGGAACUACUAAAGCUGCUGGGCAGCGCGGAUAAAGCAGAAUUUAGUUUUAUCUAAUCUAGUUAUUAAGCCAAAAAGUAGUAUUUCGCUUUUACAACUAUUCAAAUGACGCAUUUAAUGUUUUGUACGCAAUAAACGAAACGAAAGUAUCUAGUAGAGCCCUGUGUGGAUUAUUCAAUGAAAUUUCUGAUUUGUUUAAUUCAAUUCUAUGUGAAAAUAAUUCACUUCGAAUUGAAUGAAUG